AUGGCAGCUCUGACAUCUGGCAACAGAUCUCUGCCUGACGAUAUCGACUAUUCGAAAUCCCAUCGCGCUGUGCCUUCCGUAGAUUAUAACACUACAAGAGCGCAGCGCGCACCUUCCUUCGGCGCGGAACCGGGGAAACCACGACGGGACCUCGUACAACAACAGGCAGGUGCGAGUGUGGAAGGUGGUCACACCCGGCGGAGAGGAAAUAGCUUUUCGUCCUUGCUACAUCGGACUACCUCUUCCUCCUCGAGUUCGCACGGCAAGAAUAGUGGGAGUCUUACGGCACCUGCCGACGCUCCGCCAUUGCCUGCGACUCGCAUUGCGCAAGCUCAGGUUGAAGCUGCGAAUAGUAGGAACAUUCACACACAACAAACUCAGCCGGAAGCUGCAUACAGGGUGGACGGACCGGGGUUCGAUUACGGUUACGGCUACCACUCUUCCGUCACUGGUGGCUACGAGCAAGAGUACACGACACCUCACGAUUUCCCGAACAACAGCAUCAGCCACCACGUGAUCGGGGAGAACGGCAACAAGAUGCUAAGGAAGUCUUCCAAAGCCCGCCAGGCGGAGCAAGAACGGUUGGAAGCCAUGGCAAGAGCAGCACCCCGACAACCACCACGCUUGCCUUCGAUCAACGACUUCCAAGCCGACCAACGCCCCGACAGUUUCCAGAUCUUCACCAACCAAUACAACACCACCUUCGCCCCAGCCGUCCAACACGCCACCACAGCCAACUUCUCCCGUCCCGGCCAGAUCUACAACAUGCCCUCCUCCACCAACAACUCCAGCUCCUCCCCCGCCUACGCCCUCCGCACCGGCAACGCUUUCGCUCAACAGGCGUCCGGCUCGCCGCCUUCGGCCGGGAAUGUGGCGGUGGGACAGAAGAUGACGUCGAAUGGCGAAUAUGUGAAUACCAGUGGUGGUGGUGGAUCCCUCGAUCGCGGCGAGAGCAUGGCUCAUCGUGGCCGUUAUUCUUAUGCUAGUGAUAUGGCGCCUGUUAAUGCUGUAAAUAGUCCUAGGAGAGUGAGGAGGCGGAAAGAUCCUACGCCUUUCAACAUCUUGGUGGUGGGAGCGCGAAACAGUGGCAAGACGUCUUUCAUCUCCUUUUUACGACAUUCGCUUGCUUUGCCAGCCAAUCGACAACAGUAUAGUGCUAGCACCACUGCUGCUGCGCAGGUCAAUGCGAGCAAGUCUUCAUUCACCUCUCACUACCUCGAGACGGAGCUCGAUGGUGAACGUGUCGGGCUUACUCUCUGGGAUUCGGCUGGAUUGGAGAAGCAUCUCAUCGACCUGCAGCUCCGCGAGACUGCCGCUUUCGUCGAGUCCAAGUUCGAGGAGACUUUCCUAGAAGAGCAGAAAGUCAACAGAAGUCCUGGUGCCAAGGACACCCACAUUCACUGCGUCUUCUUCUUGCUCGAGCCGAACAAGCUGGACAACAAUAUCGUGGCUGCAAGAAACGGCAAGCCUGGCACGAGUGCAGCUGAGGUACUGGAGGUUCUGGAUGACGAGAUGGAUCUACAGGUCAUUCGGGCGCUAUGGGGCAAGACUACAGUCAUCCCCGUCAUCUCGAAAGCAGAUACCCUAACAGCGUCCCACAUGGCAUUCCUCAAGAAGUCGAUCUGGAAAGCGCUCAAAGCAUCCAAUCUCGACCCGAUCGAAGCGCUCGAGCUCGAGGAGGAUGACGAAGGAGAAGAAGAGGACGAAUACGAUGACGAGGCCAACGCACUACCUGCUCGUCGCAAGAACGGCAACCUGCACAGCUUAGACGAAGAAACAACCUCCGACUCCUCAGACUCCAUCGACGACAACGACACCCCUCUCCCCUCAAAAGCCCACUCCCACCGCAACUCCCACAACCGCGCCUCUUCUCUGGCCACCGACCACACCGCCAACAACGACAGCGAAACCCCCUAUAUCCCCAUGUCAUUCCUCUCCCCAGACCUCUACGACUUACCCCCCUACACCCCGUUCCCCAAAACCACCGCAAAAGGACAAAUCGGCCGCCGUUUCCCCUGGGGUUUCGCUGACCCCUACGAUCCUGAGCACUGCGAUUUUGUCCGAUUAAAGGAGAGUGUGUUUGGGGAGUGGAGGCUGGAAUUGAGGGAUUUGUCCAGGACCAAGUGGUAUGAGAAUUGGAGGACUUCGCGGUUGAGGGAUUUGCCGGGGAAGAGGGUUAGGGCGAGAGGGGGGGUUACGCCUACGGCUGCUGUGCCGCGGGAGGGGAGGAUGAGUGGGAGGCUGGUUUCUUCUGGUGGCGGUGCGGGAGAGGCGGUGCCGAGGAGUGUUUCCGGGGGUGUGGGUGUGGGUGUUGGGUCGGGCGUCAGCGGUGGGGGUUAUGGAUUAGCGGAUGGUGGGUUUGGGCCCGAGGCGGGUCAGCAGCAGCAGGGGGGGCAGAGAGGUGGUCUGAGUAAGGCGGAGAGGAUGAUGGGGAUUGGAGCGGGUGAAGGCCAGACGUUGUCGAGUCGGGGGGUUGGGACGUAUAGGGGUGUUGAGUCGUAUCAGUAG